UGGCUGGAACUCAGUUUUGGGAUGAGAAAAUGAGUAAUGAGCUGGCUGAAGGACGAUUGAGUGGCUCUACCUUUGACAGGUACUGCAUGGUGCUUUUUGCUGGUAUUGCUGCUGAAGCUCUGGUUUAUGUUGAGGCUGAGGGUGGAGAGAAUGAUGAAAAUGUCCUCCUGCAACUGCCAUUGUCUGUAGCUCAGUAAAUCUGCAACUAUCUAUUUUCAUGCCUUCACCCCAUUAAUAGGUACUAAUUAUUCUCACCUAGAGAGAGAAAAGAUGCUAAUUACUGGUUUUCAUUACCUUGAGAAGAUUUCAAAUCAAGCUAGGUGGUCUGUUCUACAGUCUUUCAACGUGCUUAAAUGGCACAGGCAUGCUCAUCGAGCUGCUGUCAGAGCUUUGGAAAGUGGUGGUAGACUUAAUAUUGUAAUUAGAAGGAUUGAGCAAGCCAUGUCUUCUGGCAGAUGAUGUGCAGAAGUACAUAAAUAUGCUGGUUUCUGUGGUCCAAUGGAGUUCAAGAGUUAAAUGUUCUAUAUGCACCUCUAGGAAGGCUUAGAUAACCAUCGUCUGUUCUUGUAUGGCUGGGCAUGGUGAACUGAGGCAUGGAAGUUCUGAAGCGUUACUCUGAUUAUUGUUCUCUACUCUUUUCCGUACUAAAUACUAAUUGCAUAUGUCAUCAGUUAUGAGAAAGAUUUUCCUCAAAUGAUAGGUUUCUUAGAAGGAGAAUGAAUGACUCAACUUUUUUGAAGUUCCCAAGAUAUGUCCUAACACUAACAGGCCACAGUGGGCGGAGGGCACAUCGAGGAAGUAACAAAUUUCGGUAUCCAGCUGACCAUUUUUGACAUACGUAGUCUAAAGAAAUGGUUUCUCUUGGUAUCUUUCCUGCAUUUAGACCACAAAUGUGAGUGAAGUUUCUCGUGUUCUCAUCUUUUUGUAACCAUUUUAGGAUCAGAGUGCUAUUUUUUCCAACGCUGUUUUGGUUGGAUGAAUGUUAGGUUUUGAGCCAUGGCCCCUUGAUUGUACCCCUAACUAAUUUGAUUCUGGGUUAAGCUUUUGUCCUAAUCAAGCUGCCACCAUAUUCUCUUAGAACAAAAGACUACAACGCUUUGUACAUGCGCUUUAUUUGUAAAAGUUGUCAUUUUUGGCUAAAUUUGUAUAUGUUGUCAUUGUUUUCCAAUAAAUGAUAGUUGGUGGG